GACUAGAGAGUGUUGUGCGAUACUCGCCAACAUUAUCAAUAAAGGCCAAGUUGGACCCAUACGGCACGCAGUUACUCUCGGUGCAAUAUCCGCCCUAUGCACAGCACUUAGAUUUGUUACAGAAUCUGAUGCUUUGGUCAUGAUCAUGGAUGCACUAUGGAAGCUGAUUUGCUUUGGGGAGAGUGAUCAAAUAGUGGUGGCCGAGGGUCCGCUGAAUCUUUAUCUCAAACUAUUCGAGACUUCUGGUGGAUUUGAUGGUUUGGAAAGGCUGGAGAGAAAGAGAGAUAAGACAGUAUCGGAAGCUGCCCAGCGGAUGCAGGAACUGAUAGAGGACAUUCUUAGACCCCCACCUCCAAUGGACGAGGAUGAUCCAAUUGUGGACAACUCGGCACUUCCUGUGCCAGAAUCAGCUAAUGGUUUAAUCGACAAAGCGGGAGACCCCCACAAAGGUGAUGGCGUCACAUAG